AUGAUAUUUUAUAUCGUUUUCUUCUUGUUAAUUGAUAUCUUUAGCAGUCUAGAAAUAAAGGAGAUGGAUUCUAUGUAUUAAUAUAGCCAAGAAUCAAUUGUGAUAAUAGAAAACACAUCAUCAAUUUUGAAUGCCUUUAGAUAUGGAUUAUGGUCAAAAUAUAAUCCUUUAACAAACAUUCUUUAAGUUGGAAAUGUGGGAUUAUUUGAUAGUGAUUGCUUUCUUUUACAUAGUGCAGUUGAAGAAUUAUCGUAAGCUCUAAAUCUUAUAUAUUAUGAUUGUAUAAAUUAUUCUUCAAAGAAAAUCCAGAAAAAUAUAGCCUUUAUAGAUAAUAAUGAAUUGUAACAUUCAUUUAAAAUAGAUAUAGAUCCAUUCGAGUAUGAAAAUGUUUGGUAUUUUUUUGAAAUUGUAUAAUGGCCAUAAUUAGAAAGAUUUGAGUUAAUGUUAAUUUAUUAAGAAGAAAUCUUAAAAGAGAAUUUGUAAAUUAAAUAUCCUUUUAAAGAUCUAAAUUUAGAGUUGAUUUUUGGAGGUGGAAUGAUAGUAACAAAUUCAAAGAUUAUAACAAUUACACCAGGUACAAAAUUUUCUUAUUUUCCUGGUAAAUUGAUUAAAGUUUAAUAUAAAUUUGAAGAGAUUUCUUUAGAUGAGGAUUAAGAAUGGUUAGCUAGAACAUCAUUUGAAUCAUACAAAUAUUGUAAUUGUGAGAUUAAUAAUAUAUUAAAACUUGAAGAUAUAGCAAUUAAUUGGUUAGAAAAUAUAGUUUUUACUUCUUAGAAGAUCAACUGCAAUUCUUUUCAAUUAUCUGGAUGGUUGAAAAUUACUGAUAUAAUUUAGAAUUCUAAUGAAUUUACUUAUUAACUUAUCACCCUUAAAUCGAAUUUCUAAAAUUCAUUAGCAGAUAAAAAUCUAACACCUCUCUCUUUAUCAUAUAAGAUUUCUAAAAGUAGAAAUUAAGUUAUAAUAACAACUUAUAGUUAUAAAUUUCCAUCAGUCACCAUUAAUUUUUCUGAUGAUCCUUACCUCAUCUAAAAAUAACUUGAUAUUACAAAUAAAUUAAGUCUAUGGUAAAAGUUAGAAAUUUAAUUUCUUGAAGAUUAAUUAAUGAUUAACAUUAAAUUUUAUGAAGGUUAUGAUAUUUAUGAAUAUAAUAUCUAAGAAUAAGUUAAUUAGUUUAAAUGCACUCAAUUUAAACUUGAAUAUGGUAAUACAUUAUAAUCUACUAUAAAUUAUUUAAAAAUCUUAAUAAGAAAUAUUAGAUUUUAUAAUUGUUAUACAAUUAAUACAUUAUAAAUUUGUCAUCAUAGUUGUCAAGAAUGUGAUGGACCAACUUAGAAUAAUUGUUUAUCUUGUUCACUUGAGUCAUAAAGAAUAUAUUUGCCAGAAUUCAAAGCUUGUGUAUGUCCAAUUUAUACUAUUGACUAAGAUAUAUGUUUAUCUUAUAUAGAUUCAAGAAUAUAAUUAUCAAAUGAAAGAAAAAGAAUGCCUAAAUGUAAAUAUGGUUAUUUUGAAUAUGAAGAUUAUUGUAUACAUUGGUAAAUUUAUAUUUAAUAUUUAAGUCCUUCAAUAAUUAAUGAUUAAAUGGCCACUUGUUAAGAAUGCUUAUAAAAUCCUUAAGGAUGGAGCAAAGAUCCAUAUUGUGAAUAUGAUUUAUUCUUAAAUUAAAAUGGUGAUGUGUAAACUAUGGUUUGGCAAGAUUAUAAGACCUAUUAUCUUUAUGAUGGAAAUAAUUUAAUAUAUUGUGAUCAAUGUAACUAGACUUAUUCAUUUUUUGUUGAAGAUUAAGAAGUACAAAACUUAGAAAUAACUAUAAGAUAAAAACGUAUUUUUUGUCAACUUUUAAUUCCUUAUUGUUAUGAAUGUUUGCCAUCUAUUAAUGGUUUUGAAUGCAUUACUUGUUAUUAUUAAUUCAAAUUAAUAGAUGGUAUUUGUACAUAAGUUAAUACCUAUUAGGAUAACUAGUUUUGUAUAAGUCCAUAUUAUAUUACUUCUAAAAGAAAAUGUAAUUUAUGUCCUAUACCUAAUUGUAAAUACUGUUUUGAAUAUUAAUAAAAUGAUUUAUCUAAAUGCACUCUAUAUAUUAACUUUGAAGAUUUUGAUUUAGAAUAGGAAAUCAAAAUAGGAUGUGCUUUAUGCUAAGAUAACUUUAUUUUUGAUUUUAUUACUGGAACCUGUUAAUUUGAUACUCCAAAAAUAUAAAAUUGUUUAAGAUCAUUUAUUUAUGAUGGUUAAGAAAUAUGUACAUUAUCAUAAAUUAAUGAUUUUAGUGUGGCUCCUGAAAUUAUUAAUUGUCAAUAACAUCUAUCUUAUUGUUUAUAGUGUGUGUUAACACCUGAAUUUACAAUUAAAUGUAUCAUUUGUGAGAUUGGAUACUCUGCCUCUAUUUCAGAUGGAGGAUGUUAUUUAGCUAAUAAAUAUUUAUCAUCUAGGGCUUAAAUAAUAAUUGAAGGUGUUUAUUAAUUAAGUGAUGGAUGGGUUUAAAGAAUUUAGAGUUUUAUGAUGAAAUUUCUGCCAAAUAGAUAUUUCUACUUUUAAACUAAAAUGAAUUAAAUAGUUGAUUAAAUGAUUGUUGAAUGUUAAGAGAAUUAUGGUCUUAUCAAUCCUUAUUCUUGUUCUUCAUAUUGUAAUUCUUAAUGUCUUGAUUGUAAAUUAAAAGAUUAUGAUACUUAUUAUUGUAAUAGAUGUCCUUUAAAUUAAAACUAUUAACCAAUACGAGAUUAAAUUAAUGGAACUUGUUCUGAAUGUACUCAAUUAUGUCAUGCUUGCACAUCCAGAACAAAUGAUGAAAUAAAUGUAUUUAUUUAAUUCACUUGUAGAAUCAUCAACCAAAUUUUAUAAUUAAUGAUAACAAUUUUAAACAUAUUAAAAAAUGUCUAAAACCAGUGUAAGAUCCUAAAAUCUAUUUGGAUCCAUAUGAUUAAAUAGCUAAAUAUUGUUUUGAUGAAACUUGCUCAAAAAUAUUUACAUAUCACUUUAUAAUAGAUUAUUGUUUUUGGUUUGAUAUAUCUUGGGAAUAAAACUUGAAUGUCAAUUAUUUUAAUUCAUUAGGAAUAGAUAGUUUGACUGUGCAUUUCACAUUUACUAGUUUGGAUGAAUAAUGUUCUAUACCUAGCUUUGAAAUUAAAUCUUAUCUUAAAACAAAAGUAUUUUCGCUUAAAUACAUUCAUUUCAUUUAUAGUUCUAGAAAAGGAUUGAUAAUGCAAAUUAGUCAUAUAAUUUAUAUCGAUAACAUUGAUAAACUAGAAAUCAACAACACUAUUCAUAAAAGUCAAAAGAAUUAUCAAUUUAUUUUGCAAAACAAUCAAAAAUAAAUUUAAUUAUGUUUAUUCAAUUUAACUAUUACAAACAGUUAAAUUAAAAAUACUAAAUCAAUAUUUCAGAGUGAUAUAUUUGGUGAUGUACAGAUGUAAGAUGUGUAUCUCUUAAAUUUAAAUUUUGUAAACUCUUCAUUAUUGAAUUUAACUGAUUAUUUACUUUAAGGAAUUGUUUAAAUAGAUGGGUUUAUUAUAAGAAACUGCAAUUUCCUGAAUUCAAAUUUAUUCUAAUUUAUAAAUAAUUAACUUAUUUUAUCUGUUAAGAAUUUAAUAAUAGAAGAUUGUGAAUUCACUAAUUCAUCUAUUUAUUUUAUUGAUUCUAAUGAUUGGCAAUUAAGUAGAUUAGAUCUUUAUAAUAUUAAAAUAAAGAAUAACAAAUUUAUAAACUCUAGUCUUCUUCAUAGUAAGAAUUAAGUUGCUCUAUCUUUAAUGUACUUUUUAUUUGAAUCAAAUAAUCUACUAUAUUCAAAUUUGAUUGUGUCCAAUUAUAAUUUAUAAUUAUCAUACUUCAAAGUCUAAAAUAAUUAAAUUAUAGAGUCAUAAUUAAUUUUAAUACUAGAAAAAAAUGAUAAUUAACAUAUUAAUGUAAUUAUUAAUUAGUUAGAAGCUUCAAAUAAUUAAUUUGAUAACUCUAUAUUCUUUAAAUUAUAUACAACUUAGGAAUUUAGUCAAGUUGAUUUAUCAAUAUCAAAUUUAAUAUUUAAUGAAAUGACAACUAUAAUUAAUUCAGAUUAAAGAUCUUAUCUAUUUUAAAUAAGAUGUUCAAAAUUAAAAAUGUAGGAUUUUUCUUUUAGUAAUAUAAAAAAUCUUUUCCUUUUCUAUAUAUAUGAUAGCAAUGACAUUAUAAUUUAAAAUAUAAUUUAUGAAAAUUCAGCUUAAAUUUAUUAAGUACCAUUUUCAUAAUCAUGUCAAAUUACUAUAAAUGA